GGAAGUCUCUCUCAGGAUGCCUUGCUAUACCCUCCACUCAGGCAAGAUUUCAUCCAAUUUUGAUGUGGACUCGGCCUGUGGAGUUGCAAAUUCCACACACCCAUAUGUACAAUGCUGUGUGAAGGGGGACUAUUGCAUGAGCAAUGGCAUCUGUCAAUAUCAGAAUGACGGCGUACCAGGCUACUAUGCCGCCGAUUGCACCGAUCCAACCCUCCAGGAUCCGGCCUGCAUGACCCGAUGCGGUGGCCACGAGUUUUCGGAUUUGACGUACGACGAAGCGUCCGGGCUCUGGGCAUGCUGCAGCUAUAAUAGUGAUGGAAAGAAAAAUUGCUCAAACCCCACGGACGAGAGAUUUCCUGCUCCAAUGCCGAGCGACCUUGCUACGAUACAAUAUCUGCCUUCGACCGGCACCCCAAGCUACCCCACAGCAACAGCAAGCACGACAAGUGCAACAAGCAACGGCACUUCGACACCAUCCUCGCAUUCCAGCAGUCAGAUUGGAGCCGGUGCUGCGGCUGGCAUUGGGGUUGGGGUGGGAGCGGGUGUAUUUCUGAUUGCCAUCACGGCUGCAUUCUUGUAUUUUCGACGUCGGAAGCCGCCACAGCCACAGCAAUCCUCAACGCCUACAUCGUUUCAACCUUUAUGGGUCGGGCCAGAGGCGGAAACCCAUCAAUUGGACUCACAACAGAGGGUUGAACUUGGGAAACCAGAGCCCCGACCCCAUGAGCUUGCCUGAGAAGGUCUGUAUCUUAUACCCGCUCAUCGAGAGCUGUCACGCCGUAUCAUGCGGAUUCUUUCGUUUCGACCAAAAACUUUUAUUUAUAUGGUUAUUAGAAUAUAUUAAAAUAUGUGAUUAUGAUUAUUAUGCUUUUUUUUCCCUCCUUUUUUUUUGUUUGUUUGUUUUUCUUCUUUCCCUGCAAGAAAGACCCACAAUCAGGGGCCAAAAUCUUUCUGAUUUGGUGGGGGCCAUUUU